AUGGAUGAAGGUGGUUUCAGCAAUGUACUCGAAAAAAGUGGACCUACUUAUAAAUGGAUUAUUGAAAGUUUGAGAAAAACAAAAAAAGGCUUUGAUCAACGGUUGGCAGUUACCGCAGUGUCUAAGGUCACCUGUGAACACAUCUUUAAAGAAGUCGGUUACACAUCAAAAAUUCUACGCAUUACUGUUUAUUUUGAUAACGAUGAAAAGCCGGAAGUAGUUAUUUUAAAAGUUCCAGAUCACAAAGGUUCUGAACGGAUUAACAGUACUAUAAAAUCUGAUGAAGCUGAAAAGAAUAAGUUUUCUUCGCUGGUCUACAAUUUAAUUGAGCGAGAAACUAAUUUUUUUAUGGCAUUUGGUAAUCGUGAAGGACUUAAAAUACCAGCUAUUUACGGCGUAAAACCACUAAGCAGUGAUCAUAAAAGUGGUGGUGCAAUUCUCAUGGAAGAUCUAUCCGAAAAAGCUGUAGUGCAGGAUUUUGAAAAGCCUUUCUCAGAAAAGCAGGUAUUGAGUCUUGUCAAUCAAUUGAUAACCAUCACAGCCUUAUCACUGCAGUGCAGUAGCGAGCUGAAGCAGUUUCAAGACACAGAUGAUGUAAUCAGUCUUUACACUUCUCUUGCUAACAAAAGCAUUACAAAACUUAAAGAAGACUAUGGAGAAGUUUUUAUUAAAGAAGCUGAAAUUGCUAAAAAUCUUUUCUCAAUGCCAAGUUUCAUGGAAUAUAUUGCAGAGGAUCUAAACACAAAAUUAGGUGUUCCACCUGUCUUAAAUCAUGGAGACGUUCAUGGACGAAAUAUAAUGUGGAAAAAAAACGACAGGGGUGGCCCUAGUGACGAGCUUUACGCGUUAAUAGACUGGCAAAGAACUCAUCUUGGAAAUACUGGAGCUGAUUUAGCUGCAGCUUUUUUAUUUUGUACCACAGGAGAGGUUAGAAGAAAAUUGGAAAAAUCAGUUUUCGAUUAUUAUGUAAGUACGCUUGAGAAGCUGUUGAGUGGAUCAGGAAUUAAAGUGCCAUUUACAGCAGACAAAAUCAAAUUUUCCUACCAGAGAUCCUUUAUUCGAUACGUGUUUGUGUUACCAACUGUGAAAAGUUUCCUCUCCGAAAGCAAUUUGGAUAAGGAAGCCCGAAUCGCCGCUGAAGAAGAGUUGCGAUUCAGAAUCGCUGCAGGAAUUGAAGACGCUUUUGAAAUUUUAUCGCAAAAUUUUCCACCUUUCAAAGAACUGAUUACUUCUUAA